AUGGAACAUCAUGGAACCUCAUGGAACCUCAUGGAAUCCCAUGGAACCUCAUGGAACCCCAUGGAAUCCCAUGGAACAUCAUGGAACCUCAUGGAACAUCAUGGAACCUCAUGGAACCUCAUGGAACCUCAUGGAAUCCCAUGGAACCUCAUGGAACAUCAUGGAAUCCCAUGGAACAUCAUGGAAUCCCAUAAAACAUCAUGGAAUCCCAUAGAACAACACAGAAUCUUCUGGUUGCUGACAAAUGAUUACAAAUGA